AUGGCUGAUGAAGAACCUGAAGAUGAGGAUGCGUUUGAUGUGAAGAACUUGAUGAAUAAAUUCAAGCACAUUGGUGAAACUUCAGCUACCACUGCCAUUAGCGAAGAGCAACGCGCUGAACUGGAAGCAAUAAAAUCUCAAGCAGCAAAGCAGGCACAUAACAUCAAACAGCGCUUUGAACAAGGAAUUGAUGACGAAGCGGAUAUGGCCGAAGAAAAACGACGGCAAAUGCAGGAAGAAUUUGAGCGGCUUAAGAAAGAACGAGAAGAAGCUCAAAAGAGGCUAGAAGAGGAAAGAGCUUUGGAAUUGCAACAACAGCACGAGAUUGAGAAGGAGGAUGUUGCUAUCAAGGCUGAUCACGCAUCGAAAAUGGCAGCAAAAUGGGAGAAACUCCAAGCGAAAGAGGCCAAAAAGGCAGAGAAGAGCCGAAUGCCAGAAAAGAAGACGACUGCGGUAGGAGCACAUUAACA